UCCCUACAACCCUACUGAGCCUGUCUGACAGAGAGAGCAAAGACAGCGCGCGUGUGUGUCUAUGUGUGUGUGAGAAACACAGAGAGGCAGCCGAGAUGAGAGUGUGAAGCAUUGAGAGGGAAAACCUCGAAAGAACAGCAAAGGAGAUCAGAAAAGGGGGGGAGGGAGACAGUGAACACAGCAAAAAAGGCAGAGUGGAGGAAAGAGAAGAGAAGAGAAGAGAAGAGAAGAGAAGAGAAGAGAAGAGAAGAGGGAGAUAAAGUGUAAAUGUGAACGUACUAUCUUUAACAGUCCUGGUGCCAAAGUCAAGAGAUGCAAUGACUAGAUGACCAGCCACUACACACACCAGCAUCCUGUCCUGGAGCCUUGACAGGAGGUGGGGGGACAAGAAAAAUCCACACAGACACACACACUCAAAGGCAAAACGCUCUGUUCAACCAGUCCCACGUCCACUGGAUCAUGUCGUCUACCGGGUCAACCAACCACAACAAGCGCCUGGCAUCUGAGACAGACAUCUCUCAGCGGGUGCUGGACAAUGAUUCUGCGCAGCACCUGAAGCUGAGGGAGAGACAGCGCUUCUUUGAGGAGGUCUACCAGCAUGACGUGGACAACUACGUGCCCUCUUCUCACCUACAGGUCGACUGCAGGAAACCCCCCAUGGGAAGUAUCUCCUCUAUGGAGGUGAACGUGGACGUCCUGGAACAGAUGGACCUGAUGGACAUCUCUGACCAGGAGGCCCUCGACGUGUUCCUCAACUCAGGCUCAGGAGCAGACGAGGGCGCGCUGGCAUCUCCGCUACCAGAAGGUGAAGAAGAAGAAGAGGAUGAAGAGGAUGAAGAUGCAGAGGUUGUCUACAGGGAGCGCGCAACUUUGAAACGGCAAGACGAAAUUAACCGCGGCUCAAAGUCUCGUAUGUCCUCCACAUCAUCUGGUUCCAGUGAUACCAGCGGGGCUGGAGCCGACACACCUGUGAUCCAGUCAGACGAUGAAGAAGUCCAUGCUGACACUCUGCUGCUGACCUCUGUUCCCCACGCCAGGGAUGAAGAAACAGAGGAGGAGGACGAGGAGGAAAGAUGCCUUGCAACUAAAUCGCCAUAAAGACUGAAUUUAACUCUCUGUAGACAUAUAAAGAGAGUGUAUAAAGAGUGUGAAAUCUCUCUGUCUCUACAUUAGCAAUCCUUUCCUUUGGGAAAAAAAAAUCCUAGCAUGGUUGACCUGGCUGUAAUUUGCUGCGUCUUUUGAAUGUUCUCCUGAGUACACUGGAUUUUCCUUUACAACUAUAAAUCUAUUUUUCCUAGUAAGUGUUUAACACUCUACUUGUUGAAAUUGUCUGUUGAAAUUUUGGCAGUGGUGUCUGAGGUUUUCUUACAUCUAUAUGCAAAUACCUUGAGUCAUCCUAGUCCCAUGCAAUGACAUGCUCUGGCUGAGUUAAAAAGAAACAAAGCAAGAUGUCAGUUCAAGUUCUGUUCCUCUCACUGCCAGAGGGAAACCUCUCUCCUGCCCAUUUUGUGUCUUUAAAGCACAGGCGCCAAACAGCAGAGUAAGAAAGAAAGGUACUACAGUGCAUCUUUGCUUUACAGACUUUCUGGGUAAAACACAAGUUUAAAUAAACCAGGUGCAAAAUAUUUUUAAUUUAUAAUACAUCUGGAGCCAGAUGCAUAAACCAUGUGUACGCACACAAACCAUACGUAAGCCUUUUCCCACACAUACACUGGUAUUUAUGAAGGCGUAAUGUGCUGUGGGAAUGUGCUGCAGGUGAUAUGGUAAGGAGCAGAUUAAAUAUAAAUUGAGAGACGUGUAACAUUGUUUUUAGUUUGCCAAUUCUGCUAAUUGUUUUAUCAUUCUGCUGUCUGCAUUCUGUAAAAUGUCAAUCAAGGGUGCAUCUCCCUGUUAAUGAUCGUUUAAUGUUACCCUGUGAAGCACUUUAUGAAGUCAGUUACAACAUAAGCAGUAUGACUGAAUCACUGAUCAUCUUUCACACAUUUAAAAAUGUCGAUUGACAUUUUGCCAUGAUGAUGGUUUGCAGAAAUGUGAUGAACUUCUGGUAUGGUCACUACAAAUAUCCACAGAUGUGCGCUCUGGCAUCGUUGGAGAACCUCACGAUGUAACACAGUUGGUGAAAAAACACUUUCUGUACCUGAUUUGUUACGAACAGGUCCAACGAGUGGUGGAGCGAACACAAGUAUCAAUAUGCAAAUUUUUGUGUAGGGGCGUUUCUGAAUCCAUUUAUGCAACCUGUGGGUGUGAAAAUCAUGCUAGUGCAAGUACGCCUAGCACCGCAAUAACCGAGAUUUAUCAGGGGCACACACGGAGUUAUCAGUCUUUCAAAAUACACAUGCAUAUUUUUGCCAUUGUGCGUACACACAGUUUCCGUCGUAAAUCUACAGUGUUUUAUGCAUCCGGCCCCUGAACUCUGAGGACUUUGGAGUUUCCUCUUCUUUACUGGCAUUAUGAUUACAGUAGAUAGCACCACAAUGAGAAUUACAAACACUGAGGCCUCAGACUGACAGAUCUGUGAAUGCAUGUAUUAAAGAGCAAUCUGACUGGGCUGACUUCAAGGGAGCAAUCGUCAUAAAUCUAUUGCCACGUGCAUGUGUAUACUAUGGAACUGUGUCUGUAAACGCAUGCCAUUUUGUUCUUGUUAAUGACUAUAUGUUUGUUAUUAUGUAACUGCAGAGGGUUGCAUUGCUGAACUAUGCAGGCGACGCCAGAACAUAAUGCCAAGAAGCUCCUCUCAUCAAUGUGAGGUGUAACUUGGGAGUUUUAAACAAGCGGUGAGACUAUGAUUCAGCUGACAAAGAUUUGUUGUUUCUGCACAGUGUGUGUGUUUGUGUGGGUGUUAGAGUAUGUGAAUGUGUGCGUGUGUUUGUGAGGGUGUGGGUGGUUAAUAUAACAAUACAACAGGUAUUCCCCUGGUUGAACCUAAAGCUACUUUCAAAACCUUUUUACAGUGUUCAUUAUGGUGUGUAUUUGUUCCCCGUUUGAAGAUCUUGCAAUGAACUAAAUAAAAGUGAAACAGAUGUUAAAACCGCUGAACUUACUGUA